AUGGGCACCGAAUCAUUUCGAUUAUUUUUUGUUCUUAUUAUUGUGUUGUUAUAUUCUGCACUUGCCGAUUAUUAUUACCAUCAUCAUGUAAAUGCUAAUCGACAACGUAUUAUUCUCAAUGGUUUAUUUACACAUUCCCAAUAUCCAUCAAUACAUUUUGCUGUUGAACAAGUCAAUUCACAAUUAUUAUCACAAAUAAAUCUUGAAUUUUACCUGAAUGAAACUAAAGGAUUUAUUCAUUGUGAUGUUGGUACCAGUGUAAAAACAUUUUUUGAUAUGAUUAAUCAAUCAUCAUUACCAUUAAGUGUUUUAUUUACAGAUGCUUGUCAAAAUGUUCUUAGUUAUAUAUCUGACACAGCAACUUAUUUUCGUUUACCUGUUAUUUCAUUUACUGAUAUUGAUCUUUCAUUAUCAGCGAAAGAUCGUUAUCCAUAUUUCUAUCAUAUUGUGCCAUCAGAUCAUGCUCAUAAUUUAGUUCGUAAACAACUAUUACAAUAUUUUAAUUGGACACGAUUUGGCUUAAUUUAUCAACAUGGUUCAAAAUAUACAUUAGUAGCAAAUGAUUUGUCAAAUUUAACUGCUAUGGACAAAAAACAAUUUGAAGUAAAUUUAACACGUGGUCUUGCUUAUCGUCAUGGAUUAGAAUGGUAUGCUGAUAAUGGACAAUAUAUGCAAACAUUAUUAAAAGAUUUUAAAGCUCGAGAUGUACGAAUAAUCAUUGCUAAUUUUAAUCAAACCGUUGCUACGCAUAUGUUUUGUCAGGCAGCUCGUGAACAAGUGUAUGGUUCUCGUUAUCAAUGGAUUAUUCUUGGUUAUCCGUCAUUAUCAACUUGGUGGAAUGAACCAACUGAUUGUUCAAUGCAAGAAAUAGUUCGAGCAAUUAAUGGUACAUUACAAACACGUGUACCACGUUUAUCUAUUGAUGAUAAUGAAAAUCGAUCAGAAUAUAUUUCAGAAUAUAUGAAACAAUUUUCUGAAUUAGAAAAUGAUUAUUUUGAUGCUUAUGCAUAUGAUACAAUAUGGAGUUUAGCAUAUCUUUAUCAAUCACAAUUACUAAGUAAUCAAUCGAUAACUGAAGUAUUUAAAAAUGUUCUUGAAAAUAUUGAUUUUAAUGGUGCUACUGGAAGAGUCAGGUAUUCAAAUGGUGGACGAAUAGGCGAAGUACUUAUUGAGCAAUUUGUUGCUUGUCGAAUGAUGAAAGAUGAAACAUGUACAAUUCCAUGUUAUGAAGAAGAAGAAGAUUGUCAUUUAACUGUUGUGAAAGUUUUUCUUGCCAAAUAUUUAGAAUCAAAAGAUGAUCCACCAAUUUUAUAUAAACUUAAUCCAAUUAUGUGGCAUGGAAAUGGUCCACCACGAGAUCGAACCAAUCAAACAAUUCAAUUCGAACAUAUUUAUUUGUCUGUAUUUAUAUCAAUAUCAAUAUGUAGUGGAAUUGGACUGUUUAUAUCAUGUACUUUUCUUGCUUUUAAUAUUCAUUUUCGAUCACAUAGAUAUAUUCGUAUGUCAAGUCCAACAUUAAAUAAUCUUAUUUUAGGUGGUUGUAUGUUAGCUUAUAUUAGUAUGAUUUUAAUGGGUAUAAAUUCAUCUUUAUUUCGAAUAAGAUUAUAUGUAGAAAUAAUUAUGAAUAUUAUUUGCCCGAUUCGAGUCUGGAUAUUAUGUAUUAGUUUUACAUUGGCUUUUGGAUCAAUGUUUAGUAAAACUUGGCGUGUACAUUCGAUCUUUACAAAUAUUAAUACUACGAAAAGAGGUAUUCAUGAUUCUCGUUUACUUGUAAUAGUUGGCCUACUAUUAUUUAUUGAUUUAAUCUUUUUAAUUGCUUGGCAAAUAUUUGAUCCAAUACAGCGAAUACUUGUUUAUCCUGCAUCACAUCGAUUAAAAGACAAUCAAGAUAUAGAAAUAAUUCCAUAUCGUGAAGAAUGUAAAAGUAAACAUAUGUCCUUAUGGAUUGUUGUUUUAAUUUUAUACAAAGGUUUAUUGAUGUUUUAUGGUUCAUUUCUAUCAUGGAAAACUCGUAAUGUAACAAUACCAGCAUUAAAUGAUUCACGUUAUAUUGGUUUAAGUGUAUAUAUUGUAUUUAUUUGUUGUACACUUGGCUCAUUGGUUGUAUUUAUACCAUCUGAACAAAUGCAACUUUCAUAUUUUCUUAGGUCAUUUUUUAUUGUUAUUUGUACAACAGCUACUGUAUGUUUAGUAUUUGUACCAAAAGUUAUUGAAGUAUAUCGUGAUCCACAUUCAAAAAAAAAACAACCAAAAAUUACAAAUCGUUUACAAGGACAUGUUCGUCCUGUUAUAUUAACAAUAGAACAUUUAAAUACGGCUUUAGCUGAUAAUGAAGAUUUAAAAUUAGUUUUGUCUAUGCAAGAACAAACUUUAAAUCGAUUAUCAGAUCAAUUAAAUAAUCCACAAACUGGAAAAAAUAUCGUUACCGAUCCUGAACCAUUCGAACUGGAACGUCUUAUUGUAUAUGAUGAUGAAGUUGAUGACGAGGUUGAUGAAGAGGAAGAACCUACAGUUGAAGAUGAAAGUAGUGUACAUUUUAUUACAAACGAUAAUCUUUUGCAACCUGGACGUGUUGCUCGUGCUGUUAGUUUAUGUUUAUUCAAUAAAGUUCCAACAGAACAAUUAGAGGGGCCAGAAACGCCUGGUACCACUCGUUAUUCAAUUCCAUCGCAUAAUAAUCAUUAUCGUGCAUCAAAAUUAACUUCGAACAGUUUAUUUCGACGAGCAUGUCAAAAUUCACUUAGUACUGAUAAAAGAAAACAAAAUUUGACAGUCUCAAAUAAUGAAUCAUUACCAAAAAAAGUUGAACAUCUAUAUGAUGGUUUAGUAUUACUUGAUGAAGAUCGUUUAGAUGAGAUGAUUGAAACUGAUCUUGUAUCAUCAUCAAAUGGUUAG